CAGGCUGUACUCAGAUCCCUCUUGCACUGGAAGACUGGCAGUUCCGCAAUAUGGAUAUCCUCACUCUGUCUAUUUACUCAUUGCUGCUCUUCUACUUCAUUAUCACUGUAUGGAGAGUACAGAAGACACGGUUUCGACUUCCUCCAGGGACCGACCCCAUUGCCAUUUGUUGGUAAUCUGCUUCAAGUGAGCUUUGCAUUGCACCAGUUUUAUCCCAAGCUGACUAAGCAGUAUGGACCCAUCUUCACUGUCUGGUUGGGUUCUAGACCAGUGGUUGUGCUUUGUGGAUAUGCAGUUAUUAAAGAGGCCCUGAUUAAUUAUUCUCAUCAAUUUGGUGCUCGUGGAAAUUUACCAGUAACAAGAAGACUCACACAAGGUUACGGUAUUGUCACUACCAAUGGAGAACGCUGGCAGCAGGUUAGGCGGUUUGCCGUGACAUCACUGAGGAAUUUCGGAAUGGGGAAGCGUUCAAUGGAGGAGAGAAUUCAGGAGGAAUCCCAUCACCUAUUAAAGGCUAUAGAAGAUACUGGAGGUGAAGUGUUCAAUCCUUUGACAGUCCUUGGACGUGCAGUUAACAAUGUAAUAAACUUGGUGAUGUUCGGCCGGCGCUGGGGCUACGAGGAUGAGAGCUUCCUGAAAUUUGUCUCUGCCGUUAACAAUCUGUUUACAUUCAUCCGAAGUCCACUAGGAGUGGCAUAUGUUGCGUUUGAUAGUGUAAUGAAGCAUCUUCCAGGCCCCCAUCAGAAGGUGUUUGCAGACUGUGAGCAUGUGAAAUCUUUCAUAAGGGAGGAAAUUAACGCACACAGGAGAUCAUUGGAUCCAGAGUUCCCCAGAGAUUUUAUAGACUGCUUCCUCAUUCAGGCCAACAAGGAAAAAGAUGUUAGUAAUAGCGAAUUUUGCCAGGAGAACCUGUUGGCUGCUGUGCUUGAAAUGUUCCUUGGUGGGACAGAAACCACAACCAACAAUCUGCAGUUCAGCCUGUUGGUGAUGGUAAAACAUCUGGACAUCCAAGAGAGGAUACAGGAGGAGAUAGAUACAGUC